AUGGCCAGAAUCGCAGAUACUCUCACAGAUGCUGGACAUAACGUGACAUUUCUAGUUCCAAUUGUCGAUGAAGCAAGGAAGGAUCAGCUGAGUGUUAAAACGACGAAAGAUGUAAUUAUUGUGGAGCAAGACGAGGAAAUGCGUAGUCAAGUGUUACCAGUUGACGACGAUAUGGGACAGUAUUGGGAAACUGAUAUAACUUCAGACAAUAUCGAUACAGCAUUCACAGUAUUCACUGACGCUGUUCACCUUGCAUGCAACAACUUUAUGCGUAACAAAAAGUUCUUGAAGAGAUGA